AUAAAGUUAGCUUCGCUCGAGGUGCAGAUACUGUAAACACAGACAACAUUAUCAUGGCUUCCACUCUUCCACCCUACUUGUGGCAACUCGCUUUUACGGGGGAGUUCUCAGUUUACGACGGUACAGACGGACGAGGUUUCAAGGCACAACCGCUCACCAAGCCAAGCGUCUAUUGGUCAAUUGUUUACAAGCAACCUUGUGAUUGGCCAAGAUGUGGUGUCGUCACAGUAACCCGGAACACAAUGCACUCACGAUGAAAAUCGUGUAAGUGACGCCUCUUGUCUGCUUAAAGAGAAUUUUUUGAAUGUAGCAAAUUGUACUAAAGUAGUGUUUUGUUUUUUAACCAAGUGUACAGGUAUUUUAAUAGUUUUCAAUCAUGCCGACGUCUCCUGUUAAAACGCGAAUCCCGCUCACUAGUUUCGGCCACUUGAUAACAGAGGUGAAGAGGCAGCUGUUUGCCAUCGAGGCGCCAGCGUCGGUGGAGCUGACCGGUUUGAGAAAGUACUUUAACAGCUACACACUGCAGGGGCGCAGAAAUUGCGUCUUGGCUACUUACGGCAUCAUGCUGGUAACAGCGACGGCCUAUUUCAUGCACAGACAAAACAAAAAAGAAGCUCCGAAGGACUGCACUGCCUGAGGGGGGUGGGGGGGAAAGCAUAAUGAAGUUUGUGUACCAUUAUUUAUGAUGUGA